UUCAUCGUCACCAAAGUACAGGCUUACAUGCAGGCCAACAAUAACUCCCUUUCUUUGAUCUGGACCACAUCGUAAAGUGGCUUUCUGAAGCUAUCUGACGACGAGUCCAGAGUCUACGGAGCAGAUUAACAUGCUCGAUGUUUUUGCAUGCUGGAACUUAACUGACGCAAGGUCUGGGGUUACAAGAGGCCAUCAAGUUUGUAUUUUUGGGGCUUGGUACGAGGUCUGAAAGUGCGCUGCUGAUAGCGCAAGAUAAUAAGGCAGACGGUCACACCCUUUGAGACCCACUGUCUGUGGACCAUCGAGAAUGGCGCGCAUGUCUAUAGGUCUUCUGCUGGUGCUGAGCAUCACUGAAUUUGUUCUGGCUCGGCCUCCAGCUGGAACCAUCACCUUGUCCACUGCUCCACUAAGCUUUGAAGACCGAGUUAGGCUGCAAAGCUUGGCUUCUCCAAGAUCGAAUCUUCCAGCCAACUUCAAACUCCUGUACGUGGCCCAAGAUGGCCGGACGGUGGAGGGGCAAAAACCUUCCACUGGAUAUUGGAUUGAAGUUAGUGGCAGCCCUGGGGCAAGCAAGGCUGCUGUCUAUCAGGCCGCGAGGGAGAUAAGCAGCAUGCUGAGACACGCGCCAGCACACAUCUUCAACAACCUCGCCAACCACCCGAACACCGGGGUGGGUGUUUUCUCCAGUGCAGAGAAGAUUGUGGUCUACCCAGAGUAUCAGUAUCUAGCGGACUACCCGGCCUGUUAUGGUCGCUGCGAUGGCAGCUGUAGCCAGACGUGUACUUUUGACGGCCGCAAGUACGAGACUCUGGCCGGAGUUGGAGGUGAUCGGGCUUUGGUUUCGGAGGAAAACGUCAUGUGCACGGCUACUGACCCGUACUACCAUAGGGACAACAUUGUCGUUCACGAGUUUGCCCACACGCUGGAGAGAAUAGGGCUGAAUGCCAACGAAAAAGCACAGGUCAUACAAGCUUACAACAAUGCUAGAAGCCGCAGUUUGUGGGUGCUCAGCUCCUACGCCAUGACCAGCCACGAGGAGUACUUUGCUGAAGCCACUGGAUCCUUCUUCCGGGUCAACUUGCAGGACUCUUCCGGGGGCAUGACAGCGUGUAGCGGUGGGGAAUGCAGGACUGAAGAAGAGGUGCGAAGGUUGAUGAGCAGCCACGAUCCUCAGCUGUACAACAUCCUGAGCAACGUGUACUAUAGUGGCAAUCCUGUUUCUCCCAGUGGAGUCACCAUCUGCCCGAGGCAAUGAACCGUGAAGACUGUUUCUCAACACAGUUAUAUCCCUUAGCAAAGGCUUAAUCGUUCAUACUAGAAGAGUAAACACGUACACACCAAUAA